UGAUGGGAGGUCAGAACUGCUCCUCAGCCUCUGCUUGUGGCUGAUUGUACUGUGUUGCUCCUCAUGAGACAGCCAACGUGAGGCUCUAGUCACCAGUAAUGCCAUUAGGUGCUGUCUAGCGAUGCCCAUAAAUAUCUUUCCCAUGGGUUUUCUUUGCAUAUGUGUAAGAAAUGUGAUGUUUUGAUAUUUAUUUCCCCUACCACUCAGUUCAGUGACGUUAACCUGAGCCUUUGCUGUACCGUUGAUUUCUGUUGUGACCAGUGGUACAGUCAGUGCUGGGGUCUGUUACACUGAUUCCUUGCUGGCAGGAUCAGCAGAAGGCAGAAAGUGCAGCCUGCUUUCUUUUUUAUCCUCCUUAUCUUAUUUUAGUUGGGCAGUGACAAGCCAACUGCUGGCAUUUAGGGGAAUAAAUUCUGCCUACAAGAAUGUGCAUUGAAAAUGCAAAUGAAUGAAAGCAUCAGCACGGAGCCUUCUGCUUGCGUCCUGCUGCCCAGCCCAGGCACUCGGUAGAAAAUCAAGUUGAAAAAUGAAAUGGGCUCAGCCCUGUGCUAAUUCCUCCUGAUUUAAUGUGACUUUAGAGACCAAGGACUGGGAGGGUGCUGAGCCACUGACUAAAUUCAUCAGUAGAGCUGUAAUUUACAUGUGUGAGGUUCCCACCGGCAGAUUGAGAGGCCCAAAUAAAAUGGGAUAAAACCCAGCUUGGAAGUAAUUUCUCAGUGUCUUUGGGCUCACAUGAAUUAGAGUUUAAGUUUUAAGAGUUGUCUGUUGUAACACUGCAUGAAUACCAACUGGGGCAGCAGUGCUGUACAAGGGGAAAGCUGCCUGUUUGUGUGAACCCAGUUGGUUCUUGAGCAAAACUGAGACACUGGUGAUGCAUCUCUGAACAUAAUGUUUUCUUGUUGGAAGCUGAAGGGUCUAUUUUCUUCAUCAUUUAUUGGUUUCAAGGCCUAUAGGUGCCUGAAGGACCAUGUGAAGAAUAUUCUGUGGCCAAGGAAAUAUGUGCAGGAGGAACUGAGUAUAAUCCUUCAGUGCAAUUGUAGCAAUGGUUCACUUGUUUCCUCCUUAAUAGGACAUAAUAAGUAUUAUACAGCAGAACUUGAGCAUGCCAUGUUACUGAAGAUCACCUUGUCUUCUGGAAGCAGAAACACAGUGAACAGAUGAACCUCUUCAGCCAGACAUUCCUUCAAUAGAGCUCUCCCCUCAUGGAGCACCACAGCAGGGAGGAGAUGAACUUGAAAGAGGAAAGUACUCAAGUGUGGGCUGACUCUGCUGAGCAGGAACAGAACAGUGCUCAGGUGCACUUUGUCCCUGAGGGGGGAACAGUGGCGCAGAUCGUGUACAGCGACGAGCAGGACCGUCCCUCGCAGCAGGUUGUCUACACGGCGGAUGGCACCUCCUACACCUCUGUGGACACCUCUGAGCACACCCUGGUUUACAUCCACCCCGUGGAAGCUACGCAGGCAUGUGUGGUUCUGUGCACACCCUGUUUUGGCACCUAGGAAACGAGCUGGUUUGAGAUGGAAGCUGGUUACCAGCCAAGUGACUCUGUUUACAGAUCCCUCCCAAGUGGCUUAUGUCCAACAGGAUGCCACCACCCAGCAGGUAACUGUGCUCUUGCCUGCUGCUGCUCAGAGCAUGAAUCCCACCAACCUGUCCGUGCUCGGCAGCGUUGCUGAACCCCCCCAGCAAAUGGCUCUGGAGCAGGGUCCUCAAGCAGAUAGAGCAUCGUUACCGGUGCAUAACCAGGUGUUACCUCCUAUGGAGGCAGUGGAUGGGUCUGACCCUUUAGCACCUCUGCAGAAUCAAAUGGGAAGGAUGGAAACAAAAGAGGAAGAUGAUGAGGAUGAAGAUGAGGAUGAAGAGGGGGAAGACACUGACAUGGAUGAGUGGGAUCCAGAUCCACCUCGACCCUUUGAUCCCAACGAUUUGUGGUGUGAAGAGUGUAAUAACGCGCAUCCUUCUGUGUGUCCAAAACACGGACCAUUGCAUCCAAUCCCAAACAGGCCUGUGCUGACCAGGGCAAGAGCCAGCCUUCCCUUGGUGCUCUACAUAGACAGGUUUUUGGGAGGUGUGUUCUCCAAAAGGAGGAUCCCCAAACGCACACAGUUUGGACCUGUGGAAGGACCCCUGGUUAGACAGACGGAACUCAAAGACUGCUAUAUCCAUUUGAAGGUUUCUCUUGAGAAGGAGGACAGAAAAGACAGAGAUUUGCAAGAGGACCUGUGGUUUGAACUAUCUAGCGAGGCACUUUGUAACUGGAUGAUGUUUGUGCGUCCAGCUCAAAACCAUCUGGAGCAGAACCUGGUUGCGUAUCAGUAUGGCCACCACAUUUACUACACCACCAUUAAAAACGUGGAGCCCAAGCAGGAGCUCAAGGUGUGGUAUGCUGCCUCUUACGCAGAGUUUGUGAACCAGAAGAUCCAUGACAUAUCCGAGGAGGAAAGGAAGGUCCUCAGAGAGCAAGAGAAGAACUGGCCCUGUUACGAGUGCAAUCGGCGCUUCAUGAGCUCGGAGCAGCUCCAGCAGCACCUCAACUCCCACGAUGAGAAGCUGGACUUCUUCAGCAGAGCCAGAGGCCGAGGUCGUGGCCGAGGGAAGAGGAGGUUUGGACCAGGCAGACGCCCCGGGCGCCCUCCCAAAUUCAUGCGUAUGGAAGUAACCAGUGAAAAUGGGGAGAAGUGUGAAGAAGGGACACAGGACUUGCUGCAUUUUUCCAGCAAGGGGCAGUUUGAUGAGGCCGGCCAAGCCACACUGAACGGGUUGGAGCAGCAGGAGCAGACUCCAGUGCCGCCAGAGCCACAGUCUGCACUGGAGCAGCAGUCGGAAAACCACCCGCUACAAAUGCAGGCGCAGCACGAUGAGAGCCCGGUGCCCACGCAGAGCACCAUGACAGCAGAUGACAUGAGGCGAGCAAAGCGUAUCAGGAAUGCAGCUCUCCAGCACCUCUUCAUCCGGAAAUCCUUUCGCCCCUUCAAAUGCCUCCAGUGUGGGAAGGCCUUCAGGGAAAAGGACAAACUGGAUCAGCACCUCCGCUUCCACGGGCGGGAAGGGAACUGCCCUUUGACUUGUGACAUCUGCAACAAGGGCUUCAUCAACAGUGGGGCUCUUGAGAGCCACAUGAAGUUCCACAUGGACCAGAAAACGUACUCCUGCAUCUUCUGUCCCGAGUCCUUCGACCGCCUGGAUCUGCUCAAAGACCACGUGGCCAUCCAUGUCAACGAUGGCUAUUUCACCUGCCCUACCUGCAAGAAACGCUUUCCAGACUUCAUCCAGGUGAAGAAGCACGUCCGCAGCUUCCACUCGGAGAAGAUCUACCAGUGUACAGAGUGUGACAAAGCCUUCUGCCGCCCGGACAAGCUGCGCCUCCACAUGCUGCGCCACUCGGACCGCAAAGACUUCCUCUGCUCCACGUGUGGCAAGCAGUUCAAGAGGAAGGACAAACUGCGAGAGCACAUGCAGAGGAUGCACAACCCGGAGAGGGAGGCCAAGAAAGCGGAUCGGAUCAGCCGCUCCAAGACCUUCAAGCCUCGGAUCGCUUCCACCGACUACGAGAGCUUCAUGUUCAAGUGCAGACUCUGCAUGAUGGGCUUCCGCCGCAGGGGCAUGUUGGUGAAUCAUUUAUCAAAGAGACAUCCAGACAUGAAAAUAGAAGAGGUGCCAGAGCUCACGUUGCCCAUCAUCAAACCCAACAGAGAUUACUUCUGUCAGUACUGUGAUAAGGUGUACAAGAGUGCCAGUAAGCGCAAAGCACACAUCCUGAAGAACCAUCCUGGUGCUGAGCUACCUCCAAGCAUCCGGAAGCUGCGUCCUGCAGGCCCAGGAGAGCCAGAUCCCAUGCUGAGCACCCACACCCAGCUCACAGGCACCAUUGCCACCCCUCCAGUCUGCUGUCCUCACUGUUCCAAGCAGUACAGCAGCAAGACCAAGAUGGUCCAGCACAUCCGCAAGAAGCACCCAGAGUUUGCUCAGCUCCCAAACACGAUCCACGCACCUCUGGCGACGGCUGUCAUCAGCUCCACUCCUGCUGUGCUAACCACAGACAGCACUACUGGAGAGACUGUUGUGACAACAGAUUUACUGACCCAGGCAAUGACAGAGAUAUCCCAAACCCUCACCACGGACUACCGGACUCCCCAGGGAGAUUACCAGCGGAUCCAGUACAUCCCAGUGUCUCAACCCACAACUGGCUUGCAGCAGCCUCAGCACAUACAGCUGCAGGUUGUGCAAGUGGCCCAGGCUACCUCACCUCACCAGUCCCAGCACUCCACAGUGGACGUUGGGCAGCUUCACGACCCCCAGACCUACACCCAGCAUGCUAUCCAGGUGCAGCACAUCCAGGUCACAGAGCCUUCGGCAGCACCUCAGUCAUCAGCACAGGUUGGGGCUCAGCCUUUGAGUCCCUCCUCACAACAGUCUCAGCAGGAGCUCAGCCCCUCACAGAUGCAGACAGCUACAUCGACACCAACCCAAGCCCUCCAGCAGCAGCAGCAGGGAUCUUCAGUCCAGCACACGUAUCUUCCCAGCACGUGGAACUCGUUUCGGAGCUAUUCAUCUGAGAUCCAGAUGAUGACCAUUCCCCAAGGCCAGUACGUGAUCACAGAGACUGCUGUAGGUACGCCAGUCACCACUGUCAACACGGGGCAAGUGAAAGCAGUUACUCAGACUCACUAUGUGAUAUCUGAAGGUCAGCCUGAUCUGGAAGCCAAACAAAACUCUUCGCUCCCCAGUGAGGUCCAGGUCGGCGUUCCCCAGCCCGCAGUGCCCACGGAUACCUUGGAAUCCCAAACAAGCACUCAGCAGCCCACCACCCAGUACAUCAUCACUACAACCACCAACGGCAGCGGCGGCAGCGAGGUGCACAUCUCUAAACCCAGAACUUUCUCAGCAGAACACGAAUGAAGAAGCCUUCUGGUGUCUCUUGCUUGUACUUGUCACCUCCCCCCGAGCCCAGAUCUGUGGGUAUGCUGGGGUUAAAUAUGGUUUAAAGUAUAUGCUCACUUCAACUAAAAUCUUGGAGCUCUUGUUAUGCUUUAAGAGGGUUCAAGUCCCUGGUGACCAUGAAGAAGUACCCUCAAAAUCCUUCUGGGUCAUUACUUUAUGCAACUUUUAACAAAAAGGACAAGAGGAGAAGUAAAACUUCUGCUUGCUCUGGACUUGAUUUUGGGCAUGUCUGCAUUCCUUUUCGGAAGU